AUGGCUAGCCGCCUUCUGGAGUGGCUCACCGUCACCUCACUGCUCUGCUCGUCGCUCGUGGCUGAAAAGAAAGUGUGCCAAGGCAUAACCAACCGCUUAAAUUUGUUGGGGUCCAGAGAUGACCACUACUUGAACAUGGUAAGGACCUACAGCAACUGCACUGUGGUCCUCGAGAACCUGGAGGUCACCUACAUGGAGGAGCACCAUGACUUGUCCUUCCUCAGGACGAUAGAAGAAGUGGGCGGCUAUGUACUGAUCGCCCUAAACGCCGCAUCCAGGAUCCAGUUGGACAACUUGCGCAUCAUUCGUGGCCAUUCGCUGUACGAGGGAGACUUUGCUCUCGCUGUGCUGGCCAAUUAUAACAAGACCACAGGUCGUAAGACCAGCGAGCUUCUCUUGACCAGCCUUACAGAAAUCCUCAAAGGAGGAGUCAAAUUUGGCAACAACCAGUUGUGCAAUGUGGAGACCAUCCAAUGGUAUGACAUCAUCAACGAGGAAACUAAACCCAAAAUGAAACUGCCAACAGCUAGCAACAAUCCGCUUUGUAAAAAAUGUGACAAAAGCUGCUUCAACGGUUCCUGCUGGGCACCCGGACCCCAUAACUGUCAGACUUUAACUAAACAGAACUGCGCACAGCAGUGCUCCAAGAGGUGCAAAGGACCCUCACCCAGCGAUUGCUGCAAUGAGCACUGCGCCGCAGGAUGCACGGGACCCCGGCCCACGGACUGUUUGGCCUGUCGGGACUUCCAGGACGACGGGGUGUGCAAGGAUUCCUGUCCGGGCCUCAUGCGCUAUGAUCCCAACCAGCACCAACUGGUACCUAACCCACAUGGGAAGUACAAUUUUGGAGCCACCUGUGUUAAAAGCUGCCCACAUAACUAUGUAGUGACAGACCACGGAGCUUGCGUGAGGACAUGCAGUGGCAACACUUACGAGAUGGAGGAGGGCGGUGUUAGGAAGUGUGCCAAAUGCGAUGGACUGUGCCCCAAAGUGUGUCACGGACUUGGAACGGGCAACCUGACAAACACGAUUUCCAUCAACGCCACCAACAUUGACACAUUUAAAAACUGCACCAAAAUCAACGGGAACAUCGCUAUCAUCCGCACAUCCAUUCUCGGGGAUGCGUAUACCAACACACCAAAGAUGGAGCCAGCCCAGCUUGAUGUGUUUAAAACAGUUAAAGAAAUAACCGGAUACUUGUGGAUUCAACAGUGGCCUACAAGCAUGAAUGCUCUCAGUCCCUUUGAAAACUUGGAAAUCAUUCGAGGACGAACCAAGAAGGGGAGCCGCAGCUUAGUUGUGGCCCAGCUGGGCAUCAGCUACUUGGGCCUCCGCUCACUCCGAGAGAUCAGCGACGGUGAUGUGGUCAUUAUCAAGAACCAGAACCUCUGCUUCACCAAUAAUAGCCACUGGAAGGCUCUCUUCAAGUCCACAAGCCAGACCACAACCAUCAACGAGAACGCAGACACUAUCAAAUGCGCUGAGAGAAAUGAAACAUGUGAUCGGAAAUGCACGGCAGACGGAUGCUGGGGUCCCGGACCUAACAUGUGCUUCGCUUGCCGGGACCACAGUCGUGGCGGCAGCUGCGUGGACUCCUGUAACAUUCUGGAUGGGGAGCCACGGGAGGCCGUCGUGAUGAAGAACUGCGUCGCUUGCCACCCGGAGUGUCAUCCUAUGAAUGGAACAACAACUUGCAGCGCUCCAGGUUCCGCCAACUGCACUAAGUGCGCCAACUUCAAGGAUGGACUCUUCUGCGUGGCCCGCUGUCCUCAAGGCGUGCCCGGCAAAGACGACACACUUGUGUGGAAAUACGCCGAUGACGCCAACGUGUGCCAGCUGUGUCACCCCAACUGCACCCAAGGGUGCAGAGGGCCAGGUCGUGAAGGUUGCCAGGGGAAAACGUCUUCAGGACUGUCCAUGAUUGCAGCCGGGGUGGUGGGCGGCCUCUUAGCAGUCCUUUUGGCGAGCCUAUCUGUUGUGGUGUUGUUUCGCCGACGGCACAUCAAGAGGAAGAGGACUAUGCGGCGACUCCUUCAGGAGAAAGAGUUGGUUGAACCGCUUACUCCAAGCGGUGAAGCGCCCAACCAAGCUCUACUCCGUAUCCUGAAGGAACCCGAAUUCAGGAAAAUUAAAGUUCUUGGAUCAGGAGCGUUUGGUACAGUCUACAAGGGUCUUUGGGUGCCAGAGGGAGAAGAUGUGAAGAUCCCAGUGGCCAUCAAGGUUUUGAGAGAGGCCACGUCGCCAAAAGCCAACAAAGAGAUUUUAGAUGAGGCAUAUGUGAUGGCCAGCGUGGAACACCCGCACGUUUGCCGUCUUCUUGGCAUAUGCCUGACGUCCACUGUGCAGCUCGUCACCCAGCUGAUGCCCUUCGGCUGCCUGCUGGACUACGUCAAGGAGAACAAAGACAACAUUGGCUCGCAGUAUCUGCUCAAUUGGUGCGUGCAGAUCGCAAAGGGUAUGAACUACCUAGAGGACCGCCACUUGGUCCACCGCGACUUGGCAGCCAGAAACGUUCUUGUGAAGACUCCCCAGCAUGUCAAGAUCACUGAUUUUGGCCUGGCCAAGUUGCUCAACGCCGACGAGAAGGAAUACCACGCAGAAGGAGGAAAGGUGCCCAUUAAGUGGAUGGCUCUCGAGUCAAUCCUGAACAGGACGUACACACACCAGAGCGACGUGUGGAGUUAUGGCGUGACCGUGUGGGAGCUGAUGACAUUCGGGACCAAGCCGUACGACGGCAUUCCGGCCAGUGACAUAGCCGGCGUGCUGGAGAAAGGCGAGCGUCUGCCUCAGCCUCCCAUCUGCACCAUCGACGUCUACAUGAUCAUGGUCAAAUGUUGGAUGAUCGAUGCGGAUAGUCGACCACGUUUCCGUGAACUAAUGGCAGAGUUCACCAAAAUGGCGCGGGAUCCUCCCCGUUAUUUAGUCAUCCAGGGGGACGAGAGCUUGCACCUGCAGAAUCCCCCCGAAAGGUUCUACCGUACCCUGGUGAGCGGCGAGGAUAUGGAGGAUGCCGUCGAUGCUGACGAAUACUUGGUACCGCAGCACGGCUUCUUCACCAGUCCGAGCACAUCCCAGACGCCGCUGAUUCACUCCACUAGCUUGAACAGCACUAAUGGGAUUUGUAAUGGCAGAAAUGGAUUACUGAAUGGAGUACCCAGCAGAGAUGGAAGCAUCGUUCUUCGCUAUAUUCCAGAUCCUACAGACAAACUAUUAGAUGACGCUUUUCAACCCGCUCCAGACUACAUGAACCAGAAGACAGGUUCCGACAUGAUGAAUCCCAUGUACCAACACCCCGGCCCUCCCCGCACCAUUCUUCCCACCAUCUCCUCAGAUGACGCUGAAUCCGAAUACCUGAACUGCUUCAACAACGGGCCGAACGGACCCGAGUACCUCAACGAGUUCCCGUCCCACACCAAUGGCACGAUUCAUGCCGUCCAAAAGUACAAGCCUCAGAACAGCAUAGACAACCCUGAUUAUCAGCAUAGCUUCACACCCACCUUUAAGGCUCGUCUAAACGGACACACGCGAGCCGCGGAGAAUGCAGAGUACUUAGGUCCAGACUGA